CGACACGUAUGGCCCCGGCUUGGGGUUCCGCAUGCCUCCCUCCUCCCCGCAGAAGAUGGCUGAUGGCCGGCUGGUGGAUGUGCAGCCGGGGCAGAGCCCGCACAGCCCCUACUCAGGCCCCCCCAGCCGCUCCUCGCCCGUCCGUCAGUCCUUCCGCAAGGACUCCUGCUCCUCCGUCUUCAUGGAGAGCCCCGUCAACAAGCCGCGCAACCCCAGCUCCUCUGGCCCUCCGGAGCUCUUUCCCGGCCCUGGCGAUCGCCCGCUCUCAGGGUUCGGCUCCCCUGGACCGGCCAAGGACACGGAGACAAGCCUGAAUCCCACCCCCCCAUCCCUGCAGCUGCAGAACCAGGAGACGGUGAAGACGAUGCUGCGGCGGACGGAGACGGAGAUCAGCGUGCGGGUGACGGACACCAUGCGCAAGCACGAGGACCCCCUGCAGCGCCAGCGCAGCUUGGUGGAAGAGGAGCGGCUCCGCUACCUCAACGAGGAGGAGCUGAUCACCCAGCAGCUCAAUGACCUGGAGAAGUCCGUGGAGAAGAUCCAGAAGGAUUUGGCCCACAACCACCGGCUCAUCCCCGUGCAGGAGCUGGAGGAGAAGGCGGUGGUGCUCAAGCAGCUGGGGGAGACCCUGACAGACCUCAAGGCCCAGUUCCCCAGCCUGCAGAGCAAGAUGCGGGUGGUGCUGCGGGUGGAGGUGGAAGCCGUCAAGUUCCUCAAGGAGGAGCCGAACCGCCUCGAUGGGCUGCUCAAGCGCUGCAAGACGGUGACGGACACCCUCGCCCAGAUCCGCAGGCAAGUGGAUGAGGGGGUGUGGACCUCCCCCAGCAUCCUCAGCCAGUCCCCCAAGAAGGUGGCCCCCGAGACAGACUUCAGCAAAGGGCUGGACCUGGAGAUGCCCACCAGCCCCCCCGUGAGCCUCCACCACCUGACGGCUGGCACCGAGACCCUGGGCAUGCCCAGCUUCGGGCACAGCCCCCCCCAAACCCAGACCCACCCCUCCAAGAGCAAUAACCCUUCCCGAGCUCCAGAGAAGGGCCCCGCCAAGACCCAGACGGGCCCAGAGACCCCCAGCAAGAAGAGCGCGGACAAAGCCGUAUCCGUGGAGCAUCGUUUGUGCCCAGACGAACUGACGGUGCCGCGGUACCGGACCGAGAAACCUUCCAAAUCGCCGCCGCCACCUCCUCCGCGCCGGAGCUUCCCCUCGUCUCACGGGCUGACCACCACCCGCAGCGGCGAAGUCAUCGUGACCAGCAAGAAGGAGCCUGGGUUUAUGAAGAAGGCCGAGUCGGAGGAGCUGGAGACCCAGAAGCCCCAGGUGAAGCUGAGACGGACAGUGUCGGAGGUGGUCAGGCCGGCAUCCACCCCUCCCAUCAUCGCCUCUGCCAUCAAAGACGACGACGACGAGGACCGCAUCAUUGCGGAGCUGGAGGUGUUUCAGAGAAGCUCUGCCUCCCCUUUCCUCCCCAAGCUCCGCAGCAAGGAGAUUUGUGAAGGCACGUACCAGAGACUGGAUAGCCUGGAAGAAACUAUCCGUGAGCUGGAACUAACCAUCCAUGAGAUCAGCAGCCAUCCCUUGGCUGAAUUUGUAUUCCCUAAAGAACUGCUAGGACAAGCAGGACCCGAGGAUGCCUGCGAGAAGACCGAGGAAGCCGUCGCUAAGUCCUGGCUGGCUUCUGAGCUUGCCGAGGCGCUGCCUGGCGAGGGCUCCUUUGGCCCGUGGAGCCGGUGGCAUCCUUGCCCGG